CACUCACUUCCGGGCCUGCACUGGCCGAACGAACAGGCUUUUUUCUUUUCCUUUUUUGUCGUGGUUGAACCAAGCACCAGUGGGCAAGGGUUUCAUUUUUUUCUGUCUUUGCUUGGUUUCGUUUUUUGACUUUUGUCCUCUUUCCUAGCCCUCCCCUCGCUCAACUCCUGCCUUUGGCCCUUUCCUCCCUCGCUGCAUCGACAACGGCCCUCGCCGCGUCCAGCGCCCCUAUUGGCCUUGCGAUUCUGGGUCCUCCGUCCAGUAGGAAUCGACAUCUCGACCCGACCGACCGACCGACCGACCGACCUCACCCUAUUUCGCUACCUCGGGCGCCGGCGAAGCCAGCCCAACACCCUCGCUGCCUGCACUUGAAGGUGCAAAGGAGUCGACUUGCACCGACUCGACUGAACGCCUGCACAUCUCCCAGGCCCCGACCCCGACGACAACUAGCCCGUCGCUUCACUCGUCGUCCAAGAGCACCUCGUCUGCGUGUCGUGCUAUGGCGGGUGGCCCAUAGCCUGAUCCAUCACGAGACUGGCCCAGUCGGAGCUUCGUGGAAGCACUGGGCCACCACGCCCCGACGCUGCCACCUGUGGGACGCAAUCCAUCAGACGUGCGUAACCGCACAUGAGUCUGUCGUUGUCUUUUUAUAAACGACUCGCCAACGACAACACGCCAGACCUGCGCCGGGCCGUGUCCCCAUUCUCUAACACACUCUCCCUCAGAAUUACGCCUCAACACAUUCGCCAUGAUUCUGUCGCGGGGACAGCCAAUGAGCUGGGCCCUAGCAAUGGCCGGUGUCCUUCUAUGGACAGGCCUUGCCUCUGCCCAGCUCAUCAAGGUGGAUUAUUGCUCUAACAUGAACACUGCCACAACGCCAGGGAACUACAGUGACUUUCAGUCCCAGGGACUGUGCCAGGUGUUCUGCAAGGAUCGCAAGUUCGGGCUGGCGAUCGUUAAGCAGAACAAUUGCUGGUGUUCCAGCAUCCUUCCAGCCGAUGAGAUCCAGAUCUCGACGAGCAAAUGCAGAAACUCUUGCCCAGGGUUCCCCGCCGACGUGUGCGGCGGCGACAAGGCCUUCGGAUACAUGCGUAUCAACUCAAACCCCAUCACUGCCACCACGGCCACCGGAGCUGAGGAAACCUCGUCGGCUGCGAAUACGGGCACGACGAGGAGAACGACGGCGCUCGUCGAGACGGUCACGGUCGACGGCGUCAUUAAGACGGUCACGGCGCCAGCCAGUCCCGACGGCACGGACCCAUCCCAAGCGAACCGCUCAGAUGGCGAAGGUGGUGGCAGCGGGCUGGGGGGCGGAGCCAUCGCGGGCAUUGUCAUCGGUAUCUUGGCGAUUUUUGCCAUCGGUGGCAUCGCCGGAUUCCUGGUCAUGCGACGCAGGAAGGCCAAGGCGGAGGAAGCGUACGAGGGCUCCGAAAGCCCAAGGGGCGGCAGCGGCGCGGCAAUGGCACAUGUGCCUAGGUCUCCUGACGGCGGCGACGGUUUCGGAGGGCGCCCCAGUGGCAGGCGCCCGACGAACGCGACGUACGGCAGUGACCAUUCGAGUGGCCGCAGGAGCAGCAUGCUGAUGCCCGGAGACCCGAGGAUGAACCCCUCGACCGGCAUCUAUGGUCAGGCCAAUCUCAACAAGAGUCACGACAGCUUCCUGUCGAUGCAGGACAACCGCGACUAUUCGAGGCCCGUACACGCGCCGACCAAGGUUCUCAAGGUCACCAACGCCUCGCCAGCCGACAUCGACUAGGCCUAGCACCUGUGUCUCCCGUCGCCCGCCUGGCGACUGGAGGAACCGCAAAUCCAUCGGCCUCAUCCGACUUCGAGGUCACCUACCCAAACACGCCCGACGGCAACAUAUCAACCUGCUUCCUUGCGGCGCGCCUCGGUUGAAGUCUUAUCGGUGCGAGACUCGACACAACCGUGACGAGUGGGAGAGGCUGCUCUCGGCAGCCACCCCUUGGCAGGAUUGGUUACGACGUAUACGAAUUCCGUCCAUUUUUCCAUCACCAUGCCACAUAAAUACUUUAUUUUUGGGGCCUUUAAAUUGCAUCCCAAUAUACCAGGACGGCGUUAUAUCCUAGUAAUACUUUUGUUUGCUUGGCUUAUGUUCAAAUUAUCAUUAUUACUUUUGCACUCCCGCUUCCAAAUCUUGUUUUCCUCUCUGGCAUUCGGUUAACCCCUGGCCCAACAGCCAAUGGAUUGCGUGCACCUCGCUUGUUUUCUUGAAUGGGCGUUGGAUUGUGCCGAGUUGGCACCCCAUCUAGGGCCGCGGUCAAAUCAGAGAGAGACACAACCGGAUCACGGGGUGACGUGGGGAAUGUCCCCUAGCUCCAGUGUCUCUUCCCCAGGCGGUCUGCAUUUUUUGCUUCUCCAUCCUUUCGCCCCCAUUGCGUACGAGCUGUGUGGGUGUGCCCUGAGAUCGGCCGUCAAGGGGAAUCCGCAUGAAAAGGCCCUGGAUCACGUUGCAUCGAGGCUUGAUGAAAAACUGGCAAAUAAUGAGGAAGGGCUGUAAUCGGGCCUCGCUUUUUCCUGGAGGCAUGCGCGCCUCGGGGGAACACACCACAUGCAGUUCAAUGUUACCCCCUCAGCAUCGCCCCAGGGAAACAAACCAUCGUUUUGGAUGGACUUAAUAGCGGAUGAGAUUUUGUACAUAGCUUGGUGUGCCAUGGACAAGGCAGCGGACCAUGGCGUUGGAAAAGCGGCCAAAAAAUCAAGUUACUUAUAUCUUGGG